AUGGACAAGCUCAUCAGCUAUCUACCGCCAGGACUGCCCCUCCUCAUCGACGUCUUGAACCUGCGGCAGCCUCUCAACGCCGCCCUCCUCGCACUGCUCGUCGUCCUCACUCUCCGCGUCCUCUUGCCUGCGCCGCCCUUUGCACCCCCGCCGUACGCCCUCUCGGACUCGUCAACCAGUGGCGACUAUCAUUGGAGACCGGCGACACACCCCAAGAGCGAGGUUUGGCGCAAGUGGACGACGAAGGAAUUGCGCGGGUUCGACGGGACCGACCCGGCCAAGGAGGGCGGCCGGAUCCUCUUUGCAAUCCGUCGCAAGGUGUACGACGUUUCGAGCGGCCGCAACUUCUACGGACCCGGCGGCCCGUAUGCAAUCUUUGCAGGCCGAGACGCCUCUCGUGGGCUCGCGAAGCAGUCGUUCGAGGCCGACAUGUUGACGCCUGUCGACGAACCGAUCGACUCGCUCGACGACUUGACGAGCAGCGAGUGGGACAAUCUAAAGGACUGGGAGCAACACUUCUCGACCAAAUACAUCCUUUGCGGCGACCUGGUUGAAACGCACUAG